GGUUGCCAUAGUAACCGCCUCCAGAUAAUCCAGUUACCCUGGUGACAAUGAUGAUAAAACAUCGCGGACUGGUUGAUGUUUUCUGAUCUCCGUAGUUUUCUCAUCUGUGAUCAAUCAGCCACCGAAUACGUCAUUCUGUUUCCUUCAUGUGGGGGAAGUCGAUGAUGUGGAGGAGGAGAGGAAGAAAAUCUGCUGAUCAACCAAUCUGCGGCUCCAUCUCUCUGCGGGUUUUGUCCUCCUCCUGUCCUCCUCCGUGCUCCGCGGCAGGGAUGCUCCGCUCGGCUCUGCCCCGCCUCGGGGCUCCGUCUGCGGGCUGCCAGUAGCUGGACGGGUCGGUGCAGCAGCGGAGCUUUUGGCAGUGAUGGUCCAGAAAUCCCGCAACGGCGGGGUUUUCCCCGGAGCGCAGUCCGACCAGAAGAGGCUGAAGGUCGGCUUCGUGGGUCUGGAGGCCGGGGGCCCGGAGUCCAGCCGGGACGGAGCGCUGCUCAUCUCAGCUGGGGAUGAGGGUCCGAGGCGUCAGCGCAGCAGCGUCUCUGGAGGAAAGAAACCUCCCAAACGAAACGCCCUCUACAGACGACUGCAGAACUUCCUCUACAACGUUCUGGAGAGACCUCGAGGAUGGGCCUUCAUCUAUCACGCAUACGUGUUCCUGCUGGUCUUCUCCUGCCUGGUUCUGUCCGUGUUCUCCACCAUCCGGGAGUAUGAGAAGAGCUCGGAGGAUGCCCUCUACAUCCUGGAGGUGGUGACCAUUGUAGUGUUCGGGGUGGAGUACAUGGUGAGGAUCUGGGCGGCUGGUUGCUGCUGUCGCUACAGAGGAUGGAGAGGACGGCUAAAGUUUGCUAGGAAACCAUUCUGUGUCAUCGACAUCAUGGUGUUGAUAGCAUCUAUAUCUGUCCUGGCUGCGGGGACUCAAGGAAAUGUCUUUGCCACAUCAGCCAUCAGGUCUCUUCGGUUCCUGCAGAUUCUCCGGAUGAUCCGAAUGGACAGACGAGGAGGAACCUGGAAACUGCUGGGAUCAGUGGUCUACGCUCACAGCAAGGAGCUGAUCACAGCCUGGUACAUUGGCUUCCUGUGUCUCAUUCUGGCCAGCUUCCUGGUUUAUCUGGCAGAAAAAGAGGACAACGAGCAGUUUGAGACGUAUGCUGACGCCCUCUGGUGGGGACUGAUCACCUUGACAACCAUUGGCUAUGGAGACAAGUUCCCCAUCACCUGGAACGGACGUCUGCUGGCUGCAACCUUCACGUUGAUUGGAGUUUCAUUCUUCGCUCUGCCAGCUGGCAUUCUAGGAUCUGGUUUUGCUCUGAAGGUUCAGGAACAGCACAGGCAGAAACACUUUGAGAAGAGACGAAACCCAGCAGCUGGACUCAUUCAGGCGGCCUGGAGGGUUUAUGCCACUAAUCUGAGCCGGACUGAUCUGACUUCUACCUGGGACUACUACGAGAGGACAGUGUCUGUCCCCAUGUAUAGAUUGAUUCCUCCUCUCAAUCAGUUGGACUUACUGAGGAACCUCAAGAACAAAUCAGGACUCUCAUUCAGGAAGGAUGUCCAACCUGAACCGUCUCCCAGUCAGAAAGUCAGUCUGAAGGAGAGGGUGUUCUCGUCUCCACGGAGCUCAGGAACCAAAGGAAAAGGUUCUCCUCAGAGUGCGGCCCCAGCGGUUGGCAGUGGUGUUGGUCCCGGAGCCUCUGGAGCCCCCGGGCCUGCGGGGGGGAUCCAGGCCCUGCGCAGGUCUCCCAGCACGGAGCCGGCUCUGGAGGAGAGUCCCAGCAAGGUCCCGAAGAGCUGGAGCUUCGGGGAACGCAGCCGCGCCCGGCAGGCCUUCAGGAUCCGGGGAGCGGCCUCGCGGCAGAACUCGGAGGUGCUGAUAGAGAUGCAGGACGAACAGUUCAGACAGAAGAGCUCUCCAGAUGCCAGUCUGCCGGGGGAAGACCUGGUUGACGACAACAAGAGCUGCCACUGCGAGUUCGUCCCCCAGGACCUGACCCCGGCCCUGAAGGUCACCAUCAGAGCCAUCUGUAUAAUGCGCUUCAUGGUAUCCAAGAGGAAGUUUAAGGAGAGUCUCCGUCCCUAUGACGUAAUGGAUGUCAUUGAACAAUACUCAGCUGGACAUCUGGAUAUGCUGGCCCGUAUUAAGAACCUCCAGGCCCGGGUGGAUCAGAUAGUUGGAAGAGGGGCACCAAUCACAGACAAGGAACGUCCUAAAGCAGCUGGUGAGGAAACGGAGGACCCGAGCAUGAUGGGACGGCUGGGUAAGGUAGAGAAGCAGGUCUUGUCCAUGGAAAGGAAGCUGGACUUUCUGGUCAACAUCUACAUUCAGAGAAUGGGAAUCCCUCAGUCUGAGACUGACGCUUACUUUGGAUCCAAGGAGCCGGACCCGGCGCCGCCCUACCACAGUCCCGUGGACCACAUGGAAAAGAGCCAGUCCAUUCCCAAGAUCCUGCAAGUGAUGCCUGAUCACCUGGAGAAGAACCGGUUUGUGACGAAGAUGGUCCGGUCCAGCAGCUCGACGGGGCCUAGGAACUAUAGCGCCCCCACCUGCCCUCCCUCCACCUCCUGGCAGCCAAUCAGCUCCCAGCUCCACCAGCAGGCCCCGCCCCCACGCAGCCACGCCAACACUCCCAGUCCGGCGGGGGACGGCUCGCUGGUCCGACUGCCCCCUCCCCCGACGGGCGAGCGUCAAAGUGGCAACCGAUCCCACCGGAUCAGCACCGGAGACCGGGGGUGCCCGGAGAAACCGGAGAAACCGGAGAGGGCAGGGGAGGUUCCCAACGGGGCCGCUAGAGGCCGGGAUGAGGCGAGGCCAGACAGCGACAACUCCAUCUCCAUCCCGUCGGUGGACCACGAGGAGCUGGAGCGCUCAUUCAGCGGGUUCUCCAUCUCGCAGUCCCGGGAGAACCUGGACUUCCUCAACAACAGUUUGUACUCGUCCAGCAACCUGGCGGAGCAGCAGGGAGGGGGCGCGGCGCGCUGCGUCUCCGUCAGGCCCUACAUCGCAGAGGGGGAGUCCGACUCUGACUCCGAGCUCUGCCCACCCUCACCGCACCAAGACCGGGCCUGGACCGGUACCAAGUAACGCUGAACCAGCAGAACCGCUCCAGCACGGCUCAAAGGGAGGCCCAGAACUGUGACCAAUGAAGUAGAACCCAUUCACAAGAACUCUCAACACCAGCUGAAGGGUCCCAGUAAAGCAUUGUGGGAAGUGAUAGCAACGAUGAUGUUUGACUCUCUUCUGACACAUUUGCACGUCGUUGGUUCACUGCUCACAUGUGUUGAAGACUAAGCAUGAGUGACAUGUGACAUAAGGCAGGUUUCUCUUGAUGGGGGUCGUUAACGCCUCUAGAAGGUGGGAACUUUCACAUGGCCAACCUUCUCUUUGGUCUUUUCAGCUUUUGCAUGUAUGUCUCUAUUACAGUCAGUACGUUUCCAUGCAGCAGUUCAAUCGGAUUUCUGAUCGUAUAAGACAUCGUUCGGACUUUUAAACUGCAUGUAAACACCUCAAUCCGAUCUAUUUCGGACCUAUGUCGGACAUUUAAUAAUCGGAUAGCAACACCUAGAUAAUUCCUUCAGUCGGAAUGUUAACUCCAUGUAUACGGAGGAUCGGAUAUUGCAGUCUGAAUUUCCUCUGGGGCUUCACCCAGAAGUGAAAGGAGACGGCGCGUGUUAAAUAGUUGUUUAAACACCUAAGAAGAUCACGAAAGAGAUGGCAGAAGCUUCAUCAGGACACCGGAGCAGAUCAAAAUA